CCUGCUUGCUUCUUACCAUCGUGGACGGACUCGGACCAACGCGAUGCCCAAGGCGUCCCCCUCCAAUGGCUCGGCCUCCGGCUCCUCCUCGUCCAUGUACAAGUCCACUAUACCGGGACAGAACCCAAAUAUGCUCAAGAGGAAUCAGUGUCGGCGCAGGAAGCUGGUGCGCAGGCUGAGUCGUACCUUCAGUGACGCGAAGCGUCCCUGCUCUACAUGCGUUCGAUCCCAUGCACAUGCCGUCUCGCAUGCGCCACCCAAUUCAGGACUCCCCAGCGAGCCCGUGUGCACAUACGAUGAACUCCCAGACACCCAGGUAGUGAGUGAGGGGCACAAGAGUCGUUAUGAGCGCCUAGAGAAUAGAAUCAAUGAGCUUGAGGCUUUGCUACGGCAGAAGGAGGAAGCAGAGAAAGCCGCACAGUCGAGUCCAAAUGGGAACCCCCUACUACCGACAUCCAAUUCAUAUCCUUCACCCUCAUCCUCUACCUCCCCACAAGGAUCCAAUCCCCAGGACGCGCCGGUCCCUAGACCCCUGGGACUUCUUGAAAUGGGAGACUAUGGGUCCCGCACGGACGUUGUGUGGACAAACUGGCCUGAGGGGAUGCCGCGACCAGAGCUUCUUCGCCAUCUAGUCGAGAUGUUCUUCAUGUUCCACCCACACGCUCAGCGGCUCUUCCACUUCCCCACGUUCAUGACCUGUCUAUCAUUGGGGGCUACGCACCCCAAGUUCCCCCCUCCGUGUCUCCUUCACGCGAUAUGUGCCAUAGCAAGCUUCUACACGGCUGCAGUAUCCUCCCCUCCGCUGCCGGACCUCACGAAAAUGGCACCUGACGAAAUCUUUGACGAUUUUCAUCGGGAGCCAAGGCCCGACUCUUUUGCCGAGGAGCAGGCAAAGCUUGCCAACCUUGCCAUCGAGCGGUCACGCCAACGCGGAGAGAACCUGUUUCAGGGAUUACAAGCUUCCUUGAUCAUGUGCUGGUAUUAUUGGGCUCAUUCGCAAUGGGUCUUCGUUGAAUGCGGUCAGACGAUGCGCAUGGCCGUCCCACUGGGCAUGAAUAUGUGCUCACCGUUCCGGUCAAUAUCGACCGCCGUGAGGCCGCCAUCCCUUAUUCCCCCACCACGAAACGUCAUCGAAGACGAGACCCGACGAAAUACGUUUUGGCUCAUUUACUGCGCGGAACGUCUUCACGGGCUCGGCAAUGGUUGGGCUAUGAGUGUCGACGACGAUGACAUUUCCCAGAUGAUGCCGGUGCUCUCUGAGCAGUUCGAACACAGUAUCCUAGUGAGCCCGGCGGAUAGGCAAUGGGCACAUACUCGCGGCGUCCUGCUUCAGAAUCCGCCAGCCGUCACGGACUCGUUCACUUUGUAUAUCAAGGGCGCCAUUCUACUCUCUUAUGUCAAGCGGUUCAAUCUGCGGUUUCGAAGCCAGCACUUCGCUGGCAAUCCGGAAAUGUCUGCAAAUCCGGCCAUGCCAGUCGGUACCUCGCCUUACAUGCAGAGCACGCAGGACGAAAACUUUGUGGACCCGCGAACGGCGCCGGCCUUCAUCGAGCUCGAGCGGAUCGCGAGGACAUUCCGAGACUCGUUCCCGUCACAUCUUCGAUAUCCAAUCCAAAAUAACCUGGUCGACAAUCACCUCUACAUCGCGCAUAUGAUGCCCUAUGUGUCGCUUAUCGUCCUGCACGAUCCGCACGCGGACGUGCGCACGUCUGGGUGUAUAUCGGCGCUACAGAUAUUGACGGCUGCGCGUGCACUGUUGGACCUGAUUUACAUGGUUUUGUCAACGAGCUACGACAUUACGCUGCUGGAUACUUUUGCUGCUUUCGCUUGGCUCACCGCAGGGCGGGUACUUGUCCGCUUCUUGCACGCCGCGGUCGACACGCGUAGUGAGGAGCAGAUACAGACGCUCCGCCACGAGCUUGACUUCAUCUACUCGGCCCUGAUGAAGAUGGGCGACCGUAUUCCCCUCGCAUUUCGCUUCGGCAAGAUGCUCGGUGAACUGAUCAUCUCGCGAUGUGGCCCGUCAAUGGCGCCCCAGGCCGACGUCUUCAACUACCACAGACAGGAUGAUACUGCAUAUCUCAGCUUGAUCGAAGCGACGCAACUCGCUUCGAGCAGAUAUGCGGGGAUGGAGGAUUUCGACUUCAACGACAACGUAGACGACCCGCUGUCUUUCCUCGGAUUCAAUGCCUUUUAGGUGUAAUGGACCCUUACUUAACUCGUCGUAAUGUAUUUGUACUUGGGCCUCCAAUGGCUGUAAUCUAGUAGAUUAACGUAUGUAGCACAAAAAAGGAGAAUUCGUAGCAUUCACUGGAGCAGU